AGAAGACUGUACUGGUGUCACAAGAGCCCAGCUGAUACUUCUUCAUAUCAAAAAGCGAGCACAAUAAGCUUCCAGAACUUGUGCUCCUGCUAUCUAACAGCGGAUUUAGUCGUUGUUUGUUGGUCUGUGUCUGUUUCGUGUCACAGCGUCGCCAUCAUGAACGUGACGCUCGCGGUGAAGCAGUACAUCUCCAAGAUGAUCGAGAGCAGUGGGCCCGGAAUGAAGGUUCUGCUCAUGGACAAAGAGACGACCAGCAUAGUCAGCGUGGUGUACACCCAGUCUGAGAUCCUGCAGAAGGAAGUUUACCUGUUCGAACGUAUUGACUCUCAGAACAGAGACAGCAUGAAGCACCUGAAGGCCAUCUGCUUCCUUCGUCCAACUAAGGAAAAUGUGCAGCAUCUAAUUCAGGAACUGAGAAGACCAAAGUACAGUGUCUACUUCAUAUACUUCAGUAAUGUGAUCAGUAAGAGUGAGAUCAAAGCUCUGGCUGAGGCAGACGAACAGGAGGUGGUGGCUGAAGUCCAGGAGUUUUAUGGAGACUUCAUCGCUGUGAAUCCUCACCUGUUUUCCCUAAACCUGCAGGGUGUCUCUCGGAGACGCACAGAUCAGGUUAUUUCCGGCCGAAACCGUUCUCCGGGUCGGAGCUGGGAACCCUCCAUGUUGUCCCGCUGCACUCAGGGUUUGACCUCCGUCCUGCUCGCCCUGAAGAAAUGUCCAAUGAUCCGCUACCAGCUGUCCUCUGACAUGGCCAGACGUCUUGCAGAAAGUGUCAAGCAAAUCAUCACUAAGGAGUACGAGCUGUUUGACUUCAGGAAGACUGAAGUUCCUCCUCUGCUGUUGAUCCUUGACCGCAGCGACGACGCCAUCACGCCUCUGCUCAACCAGUGGACGUAUCAGGCGAUGGUCCACGAGAUGCUCGGUCUGAACAACAACCGGAUCGACCUUUCCAGAGUCCCAGGAAUCAGCAAAGACCUGAGGGAGGUGGUGCUGUCAGCGGAAAAUGAUGAGUUUUAUGCUAAUAACCUCUACCUGAAUUUUGGGGAAAUUGGAACCAACAUUAAAAACUUGAUGGAAGAUUUCCAGAAGAAGAAACCUAAAGGACAGCAGAAGCUGGAGUCCAUUGCUGACAUGAAGGCGUUUGUGGAUAACUACCCCCAAUUUAAGAAGAUGUCAGGAACCGUUUCCAAGCAUGUGACGGUGGUAGGGGAGCUGUCCCGGCUGGUGGCAGAGCGGCAGCUGAUGGAGGUGUCAGAGGUGGAGCAGGAGCUGGCCUGUCAGAAUGAUCACUCUAGCGCUCAGCAGAAUGUGCGAAGGCUACUGCAGAAUCCUCGUGUCUCAGAGCUGGACGCGGUCCGUCUCGUCAUGCUCUAUGCUUUGAGAUAUGAGCGCCACAGCAGCAGCAUCCUGACAUCUUUAAUAGAGGAGCUGAGCAGGAGGGGAGUGUCUGAACGUUACCGCAGGAUGGUUCAGUCGGUUGUGGAGUACGGUGGGAAGAGAAUCAGAGGAAGUGACCUCAUCACACCCACAGAUGCUGUUGCUAUCACCAAACAGUUCUUCAAAGGACUUAAGGGUGUAGAAAACGUGUAUACACAACAUCAGCCUCUGCUGCAUGAAACUCUGGAUCAGCUGAUUAAAGGUCGACUCAAAGACAGUCAGUUCCCAUACCUGGGGGCCAGCAGCCUCAGAGACAGGCCUCAAGACAUUAUGGUGUUCCUGAUCGGUGGAGCCACAUAUGAAGAAGCUUUGACUGUUUACAACCUGAACCGUAAUACCCCCGGGGUUCGGAUCGUCCUGGGAGGAAGUGCAAUCCACAACACUAAGAGUUUCCUAGAAGAGGUGAUGUUGGCGACGGGUCACAGUGGCGAUAGAGCGCAGGGAAGUGCUCGCCAUUCCACCAGGCGAUGAACAUCGGCUCAACAACCUCUUGUUGAAUAAACUGCAUCAUUCCCUCCAGUUGUUUAUUUCUGUAUUUAAGUGAACUUUCACACAUCUGUAGAGUUUUCUGGAUAUUCUUUUUUUUUUUUUUAGAUCCCAACAGGCUUUUAUUUAAUAUCAUCUUCUUCUAAGGUCAGUCAGAGAAGUUUAACAUUAAACAGCAUUUAGGCUCCGUGUUGUUUUCAGGUAGCUCUGUCUUUAUCAGUACACUAAACCCAUAGUUGGUAUCCAUCUCCUUGAUUUUAUCUUAUUAAAUUUUCAUGAAUAAUUACAUCACAUGAAAUGGUCAAUUAUUACUUCUUAUUAUAAACAUGCAACAUUAGAAAGAAAUGUUUCAGAGUUCAGGAAGGAUGACGAAAGACCCCCUAAUUCUAGCUGCUUUUAUGGAAAAUGAAAAUAUUGAACUUUUCAGAGUCACAAUGCCGAUGGAAAACAAAUUUUUAUUGGUGGAGUCUUUCUUUUUUUGCACUAGUU